CUUAUAAUUUAUUAUUUAUAGAAAAAUUCAAAAAAUAAAACAUAUAAUAUUAAAGAAUGUUUUAUGGAAUAUUCUUUAGAAGAUAAGAUUGAAGCUUUGAAAAAUAUGCUUGAUUAUAAUGAAAAACAUGUACAAAAAUUACCAUCACAUAUAACUAAUAUGUGUAAUAUUAAACAAAUAAUUGGUGUAAAAGAAUGUAUACAACCAGUUCAAGAGACAUCAUUUCAGACAAUUAUUUCUGAAUUAAAAAAUACUAUAAUGAAUAGUUAUUGGAACAAAGAAGUUGGUAAAACACGUUAUCAAAUUCCAUAUCUUCCAAUGGGUAUGAAUCCAUUAGAAGUGACUUUUGGAAAAAAAAUUAAAUCUGAGAGUAUAGCUGAACUUCUUAAAGAAAAAAUAGUGGAAAAUGGUAUUCCAGAGCAAGAUAUUAUUGAGAUGUAUAAGAAAAGUCAUAAUAGAUAUUUGCCUGCAGAACAAAUUAAAAGACAUUAUAAAAAACCAUUUGAUCAAAAUUUAUGCUUUGGAAAAUCAUAUAAUGCUAAUAUCAGAGGUAUGCGAUUAAAAAGACUUCUAACAUGGAUUGAUGCAGAUCCUAAUACAAUUGCAAAUUCUAAUUUUGCAAAACCUUCAUAUUCUUAUAUUGAUAAAAAAUUUAAAGAAUUUAUACAUGAAAUGAGACAUGGUAAAGUUAAUGAAAAAAAAGAUGUAUCUGAGAAAUUAAACAUUUUAAGUGAUUGUCCUAUAAAUAAUGAAGUUAUAACACAACAAAAUUACUUGCAAUAUAUAAAUAGUUUACGUCAGAAAUUCAAAAAACAAGUUCCAGAAAUUCCAUAUUUAGAUAUUUAUGAAGACUUAAUAUGCCUUGAUAAAGUAUUGUUAUUUUAUUUUCUUAUAUUAUAUAUAUAUAUAAUUAAAAACUUAAAAAACAUAAUGCUUUACUUCUAUUGAUUAAAAUGAUUUUAAAUAUUAUUGUAUUUAGGAUUAUACAGGUAUUUUACCAGAAGAUAAAGUUUUUUCUAUCUUAGCUAAAUAUAAAAUAUAUAUAAAUAAAACAUUUUUAAUACCUUUAUUGGAUCUUCUUCAAAUAUAUAA